AUGGUGUACCAACGGCUUCGGGCGGCGUUCGGAAUCGAAGACGCUUUUACCUCAACGAACCGCCGAUUUAGGAGGGAAUUCAGCAAGCGAGUCGAGAGACGGAUGAAUAUGAGGUUUUACAAAUGGUACCUACGGGCUGGCCAGCUCAUGGAAAAGUCGCAGAGCUGGAUUUAUGCUGGUUUCGAUGGACAGUCUACUCCUGAAAACUGUACUUCGAUUCGGAUCAACCUUACCAACCUCGUGCAAGCCCUGGCGAUACAUGUCGUGCUAAAGUCGAUGUGCAAGAAAGAGAUAAAUCCUGAUAUGCGCGACGAAGAUAUACUCAAGUUGUGCCGGCUUAUCUCUAAAAUCUGGAUAGCUUCGAAACAAGAUGAUGAACCUUGUUUCAAUGACAAUAUCCCGAGAUCCUGUCGAUACGAAAAUAACCGGGAACUCCAGAAAUGUCUGAAGACCAUUUUCAAAAUCCAUGGCUAUGGUCCAGACAACGCUCUCAAUAUGGUUGUACACGGGUUUGAAAUGAUGUGGCGCGUUGUACUGCGCUUGUUUCUAGAAGUUCAAUUUGUUUCUAGCGCGAAAGAUCCAGAAUGGUGGGGGUACAUCCUGAAGCAAUAUGUCAAGAAUGCAACAGACGAGCAAUUUUGCACACCCAAUAAUUCAGACGCAGGCACCGUGGAUAAUAAUGACGAUGAUGAACAUUACUGGCGGGACCCUUUCGUCAAACUCUCUGCCCCCCAGAUCGUCCAAGAGGGUCUCAGGUUAUACCCGCCAAUGCGGCGGAUUUACAGAGCCAGUGGUUUUGGUCCUCCCCAAGAAGCAGAGCAUAAUGUGGACGACAUCAAUUCCAGCCUCUCAACUUCCAAAGAAUCCUUCCCAGAAAUACAAGAUAUGGACGAGGCAUUCAAAUCACCAUAUUGCCGGAUUCUCGCCGCCGAUCUCGAAAGUUGUAUCCUCGACCGUAAUGUUUGCGGUAAAGAGACGCAUCGAUUUGACCCGUCGCGCUGGUGUAAAUUUACCCUAGGCAAGAUAGAGAGCCUUUUGACUUUUGGUUUUCGUCCAGAUACUUGUCUCGCCGCCGAGGAAUAUGAGGCUAGGAUGGUUGGCCUUGUGGUCGGGGCUUUGCUGGUUGGUCUUCAGGGUGAGGAUGGCUCGUCUAAGAUGACCCGGAGACUCGAGUGUCGCGAUCCGAAGGUCAUGACAUCGUUGGAAGCUAAGGGUAGAUUGAGCCUGGAGAGAAAUACCUAUGAUGAUCUGAUGUUGGUGGGAACUCGUUGA